AUGAGAACAAUAGCAGACAUUGAGGUGGAAAGCUCCACAAAAAAGAAACAAACUCGCCAACCAUUGUCAGCUACAGCUUGUUUGGAAGAGGCGUUGACAAAGCUCGAGUUCAGUAGUCCGUUAAAUCUAUCACCGCUAACCGAGGUUAUUCGACAACAAUUAGUAUCGAGGAUCUCUGAACUAGAGAAAUGGUGUACUCAAACUCGGAUGCAUAGAACAUUAGUACGGUGGGGUGUACCGCCUUUGUACGUGUUUCUGUUCUUUGCAGCAUUGACUUUGAUAACGAUAAGGAGAAUGUAUGUAAGAUCGGUUUAUUUACUAUGUAAUUUAGUUGGAGUUGUAUAUCCAGCCUACAAAUCCAUCAAAGCAAUCGAUCAUGUGGGCCCUAUUGAGGGAGAAGCCGCUGCUGAACAGAGACAAUGGUUAACUUAUUGGGCUAUUUACGGAUGGCUACAAGUGGCAGACUAUUGGUCAAAUUGGUUUCUCGAAUUAUUUCCAGGUUAUAAUUUCUUCAAGUUGGUUUUGUUAUAUUGGGCACAAAGCGAUCGAUCGAAAGGUGCAACAUUGAUUUUUGAGCACAUUAUAAAGCCGUUUAUGCAUAGACCAGCAAAUAAAGACUUGAAGAAGCAUCGACAAAGAUUACAACCGCAGGCGUCUCAACAGAACCAGGCGCAGCAACGGCCAUUCAAUCAAAAUGGUGAGAAUGCUUGUGAUGUUGAUAGAACUGAUCAGCCGUCUGUUACUUCUGCUCCAGACACUUAUGUUGCGGAACCUUCUCCCGAGGAAAUAUGGCAAAGGGACGCAUAUUCCGACAUGAGAAAAAAUAACGUUAAUAUUAAGCCUUAUAAGCUUGAAGGUGUAUCAUGA